AUGGUUGUAGCCUGUGUCGAGUUAGUGAACCGUGCGUUGUCCAGCAGGCGCGGCGGCGGCGGGGGCGCGCUGUUCCAGGAUGACACCUUCCCGCCCCCGGCGCGCAGGAUGCGCUGGCUGCGCCCGCACGAGCUGUGCCCGCGGCCGAGGUUCCGCGGCGACGACGCUGACGGGGACCACGCGGAGCAGCUCAGCGCCAGCGACAGGUGGGCGGUGCAGGAGGCGCCGGGCGGAGGGGGAGGGGGGGGCGCGCGCCUGGCGACCGCCGCGACCGCGCUGGAGCUGACGCCGCGCCUGCUGGACCGCGCCGUGCCGCCGCAGUCCUUCCGCCGCCAUUACGCGGGCGCUUUCAGGUUCCGAUUCUGGGUUUUCGGCGAGUGGCGCGACGUAGUGGUGGAUGACAGGCUGCCGGGUCGCGCCGCGCGCUACGACUUCACGCUGCCGCUGCUGGAGAAAGCCUACGCCAAGCUGCACGGCUCGUACGCGGCGCUGCGUGGCGCCAGCGUGGCGGACGCGCUGCAGGCGCUGUCGGGCGGCGUCGUGCAGAGCUUCUCGCUGCGCGCGCAGCCGCGGGCGCUGACGCUGCGGGUGCUGCAGACGGCCGUGCCGCGCUCCACCCUGCUGGUGGCGCACGGCGCGGGGCCCGCGCGGGGGCAGGCGCCCGGCCGCGCCUACGUGGUGGCGGGGCUGGCGCGCGUGCGCGGCACCACGCUGCUGGUGCGGCUGCGUGGCCCCGCCGGCGCGCCUGGCCGCGGCGCCUGGGCCCCCGACGCGCUGGGCCGCGGCGCCUGGGCCCCCGGCAGCUCGGAGUGGUCCGCGCUGGGACCGCAUGACCGUGAACUCCUGGCGCCCCGCACUGACUCACUCGACGACUUCUGGAUGUCAUUCGAUGAGUUCGCGGAGACGUUCAGUCAGUUGGAGCUGGUGCACGUGGGGCCGGACGACUGGCUGCUGGAGCCGGCGCUGCAGGCGCGGCGGCCCUGGCGCGCCGUCCUGGCGCGUCGGCGCUGGCGCCCGGGGUACAACGCGGGCGGCCCGCCGCGCUGCGCCGAGACCACGGGCGCCAACCCACAGUUCCUAGUGCAGAUCCCGGCAUCGGAGGGUGAGGGCGCGCGCAAGUGUCACGUGGUGGUGUCAGUGACGCAGCAGUACGAGCCCGGGCAGCGCCGCCUGCUGGCCGUGGGCUUCGCGCUGUACGCGCUGCGGCCGGGCGCGCGCGCCGCCUGGGCCCCGGCGCUGCGGCCGCUGGACGCGGCGCACGAGGCGCGCGCGCGCGAGGUCGCCUCGCUGUUCGCACUGGCGCCGGGCCGCUACCUGGUCGUGCCGCACGCGCGCGCCCACGCCGCCGCCGCCUUCCUGCUGCGCGUGCUGGCCGAGCCGCGCGCCGACGUCUGGGAGGUCAACGACGACAACCUCGUCGUGCGCGACGUCGCCGCCGCCCUGCACGGCCCGCGGCCCGCCGCCGCGCCGCCCGCCGAGCUUGACGCCGCGGCGCUGCGCGGUGCCCUGCGGCGCCACUGGCGCGACUGCCUGUGCGCGCCGCCCUCGCUGGAGCUGUGCGGGGCGCUGGUGGCGCUGCGCGACGCCACACUGGAGGGUGCCAUGCGCGGCUCCGAGUUGCCGGCGCUGCUGGCGCUGCUGGCGGCGUGGCGCGAGGCGUGGUCGCGCGCGGCGGGCGCGGGGCGCUGCGGGCGGGCGCGGCGGCGCGCGUCGUCAUACGGGCUGCGCGCGCUGCUGCGGGAGGCGGGCGUCACGGUGUCCAACAAGGUGCUGGAGGCGCUGGUGCUGCGCUUCGCGCGCGACGCGCGGCUCACGCACGAGGCCUACGUCAUGGCGCUGGCGCGGCUGCACGUGGCGCACGAACGGUUCCGCAGCCUGGACUCGCGCCUCAAGUACAACCCGGUGUCUCUGGAAGAGGUGGGUGUAGCUGGGCGAGUGAGCCGCCCCGGUGGGUCCCCACUCACUGCUGUCUUGUUACAGAUGAUCCUGAUGACGAUCUACUCGUGAAUGUGUGCAAGACACGAUCUGACCAAAGACAGUUUACCCGAUCCAAACGCUGCGGCUAGCGGCGGAGUACAAAGCUGAGGCACUCUAUGUGAUAUUGUUCCACUCGGAAGCCUGCGUGUGCAACGUGUGCUGCCGGACCAGUAUGGAGCGCCGGCUACGUCGCUCACACUUAUACUCAGCAGAUGUUAUUUAAUCCAGUCGAUAGUUAUUGUUACACGGUGCCUUCGUAAAGUAAGUAAAAAUGUCUGUUUGUUACUGUAUCUGAUGUAUAGUUUUCAUUUCCUCGCGACGGACGGGCCGGACUCGACGCAAUUCAUGCUACGGCCCCCGACCUCGCUCGCGCCGUGGUUCCCCGUGUGUAACAAAAAGUAGUGAAAGCGUAUUUGUGUGAGUGUGGUAUGUUCAUACUAUACGUGUGUAAAUACUGCCGCACGUGUGUGUGUGCUCCAUACUCUGUUGUUAAUUACUGUUGUGUUUAUGUUGUUUGUUAAUUAUUGUUGUAUUCUCGGC